AUGGCUGAUAGACCCGAUCAAUGUACAUUACAAAAGGACGAUUAUUUUGAAUGUUUACAUCAUACAAAAGAGAAAGCACGUGCUAAAUCUAUUAAAAUUCAAGAAUUAAAAUUAAUUGAACAACGAAAAAAACAAGAUGAAAUAUCUCGUAAAUUAACUGAUUCUGCUAAUAAAAGUAAUGUAAUGAGAUUAGGUAUUAUAGAAGAUAAUGAUAAACAAAAAUAA